UUAGUUUGAAGUGAAUCCUUGGUGGGUGAACUUUGCUUAUCUUAUUGUUUAAUAAAUCCAUAACUGGUAUUAUAAAAAAAAAGAAAAAAAUUUAAACUAUGAUAAUUAUUCUCUGGAUGUCUAUUAAUCCUCUUAUGUCCUUCGCGACAGAUAAUCAGAAAGAUGAAAAUACUGGAAAUACCAAAAAGAGGAUUAGCGAGGAGAAAUGCGAAGAAUAUGCAAAGCUUGCGAUAGUGGAGAGCUAUUUCACCCCGCUUUUAUUGGACGGACCCACAUUUUCUGUUGGAAUUGCAGAGUGUAAAUUUGAUACUCCAUUGAUUGUGGGUGGAGAAGAAGCGCAACUAGCGGAAUUUCCUCACAUGGCAGCAAUUGGAUGGAACAGCACAAGGAAUUUUGGCAUUGAGUGGGGAUGUGGAGGUGUCUUAAUAUCUUAUGACGUCGUUCUAACGGCGGCUCAUUGUAAUCUUAGACAAAUACCCGAAUAUGUGAGACUUGGCGAUCACGAUCUACUAAAACCAUCAGAAGGGUCUAGGCCACAAGAUUUUAGAAUUAAAGAAAUUAUCAGACAUCCAGACUAUCGCGUACCAUUGAAAUACCACGAUAUUGCUUUAAUUCGACUCAAUGGGCAUGCUAAAAUGGGAAAAUUUGUGAGGCCAGCUUGUCUUUGGCAAUCUUCAAGCAUCAAUUACACUCACGCAAUUGCGACUGGAUGGGGACAAAUUGAAUAUUCCGGACCAAAAUCCGAUGUUCUCAUGAAAGUGGUUCUCAACAUAACAUCCAAUGAAAAUUGCAAUAAAGAGUAUGAUAUUGCAAGAACACUUCCCCAAGGAAUUAUAGAAUCUCAACUUUGUGCCGGAUUUGACAGCAGUGGCAAGGAUACCUGUCAAGGAGAUUCUGGUGGACCUAUUCAAAUUGUAUCUCCUGAAAAUAGUUGCAUUUUUCACAUUAUUGGAAUAGUGUCAACGGGAAAAUUUUGUGGCAAUGCCAAUACCUCAGGAAUUUAUGCAAGAGUCUCCUCCUAUUUAGACUGGAUAGAGUCCAUCACCUGGCUGAUAAAUUAGAAUUCUUUGUGAUUUUUUUUAAUAAAUUGGAGAAUUCAGUAAUUAAAACAAAAAAAAAUAGAUAUUGAAUAAUAAGAAUAUAGAGAAUUUAUGAAAAAAAAAUUUAAGCACGAUAAAAUUAGUCAUAGUAUUAUUUAAAAUUUCCCUAAACAGUUUAUA